AUGGCAACAGAAGAGCUCGUCUUUGAAGGGUGUAAUUUCUUCCGCCAAAGACUUGCAUAUUCUGUGUUGAGUGGACGUCCAGUUACUAUAAGAAAUAUCAGGAGUGAUGAUGAUGCUCCUGGAAUCAAAGAUUUCGAAGCGAAACUCAUCGCUCUGCUGGAGAAAAUCACCAACGGCACAAAAGUACUGAAGUGCGCUUUCCGUCCGGGUAUCAUUACGGGAGGAGUAUUUACAAUGGAUUGUGGGUCUGAACGUUGCCUAUCCUAUUUCUUAGAACCUAUCAUAAUCAUAUCUCCAUUUUGUAAACAUGCAAUGACGGUAAAGCUAAAAGGAGUCACAAACGCUCCAGGAGAAUUAUCCGUGGAUGCAAUCAGGGCGACUUGGCUUCCUGUUUACAAUAAAUUCGUGCUCAACGAUGAGAAAUUGGAGUUAAAGAUAAGUGCUCGCGGUCUGAAGCCUGGUGGUGGUGGAUGUAUCACUUUUUCAGCACCCAUCGUCAAAACUUUGCGACCAGUGCAGAAAAAGCAAGGCAAAAUAUGCAAAAUUCGUGGGCAGGCAUAUGUCACAAAAGUAACUCCUUCACUAGCUUAUCGAAUGAUCGAUUCUGCGAAGAAAAUGCUGCAUGGUUAUAUUGCAGAUGUAUACAUAACUGUUGAUCAGAGGAAAGGAGACGCCGGCGGAAACUCUCCUGGAUAUGGUUUGUUUCUUACCGCUGAAACAACCGAGGGAGUUAUGUACCAUGGGGAAGCGAUAUCGAAACCAAAAGGGAGAAGCAGUUGCCCUUCUGGAGGAAAUUUACAGGGUGGAGGAUGCCUGGAUAGUUCGGCUCAACCACUGGCUAGUUCCUUCAUGGCUCUUGGACAAAAAGAUGUAUCCAAAUUUCUUUUUGGUCCUCUGACAGUGUACAGUGUCCAUGCUUUCCGGAAUUUGAAAUCGUUUUUCGAAAUACAAUUCAAGGUUGAAGAAUGGGAUAGGAUACGGAGGUCAGAGAAGGGUAAGGAAGAUGAUGAUACGAUGCGGUUAGGCAGUAAUGAGAAAGCGCUGGUUACUGCUUUGGGAAUUGGUUUUAGCGUCAACAUUACAGUAAUGCAUUGUGGGUUGCCCUUGACGGAUGAGGUGUGGCGUUUUUUCUUGGAGGAUGUUGAUGGUGUAGGCAGAAAGAAACAGAGCGCCUCUCAGAAUGUUUUGGAGUGGGAGUGGGUCUGGCUACAACAAGUGGCGGCUCUUCCCAAUAACCACUUGGAUCUCACUGAUCCGUAUAGGCCUGCUAUUCAGUUGAAGCUACAGUGUGAAGAAUACUGGAUUGCGUUGCAUCCCGAUCCAGAUUUUCCAUCCCAAGCACCUCAAGUAAAGUGUGCAUAUCAGCAAGGCUUUCUCUUUGAUUGGUCUGCAGACAAGGAUUCCAAUCCUGAGGCGUGUUCUACGCUAGCUGAUCUCGUGCAGCGCUACCAUGAUUACUGCUCAUUACUUGAUUUGGCAAUUCUUCAAAUAAAGCUGCUGAAUAACGACAAGAUGGUGCUAUUAGGAUACUCAUUUCUUGACGAAGAUCGCGAAUGUCUAGCUGUUCAAGUGCGUCUGAAGCACUCCACUGAGGAAACAAUAGUAAUCCACGUGGACUGGCAGAAUCCGACGGAUUUUCCUCGGUUCAUCUCGAGUACUGACGAGCGAAGAUUCCGGAAUUUGGAUUGUGAUGUUUGGGAUAACGACGACAGCUUGUGCAAUAAUCUAGCGAAAUUCUUGGAAGAAGAACCUAAUGAAGAGGACUAG